CGCUUGGUCUCCUCCUCCCCCAGACGGCUAUAGAUCAGAUGACCAGCAAGCUCUGUUUUCCAAUGCUUUCUGCAUUCCUGGCUGCCAGCUUCAGCUGCUAAAGGGGCUGCUGCCACCUUCUGCUAUCUACACAGCUCAGGAAAAGAAAGGGACCUCAAACCUUCCAGAUCCCUUCUUCUCCCAGGAAACUAUUGAGCACAGGAAUAAAGAUGACUGCUAUACCAGUAGAUGAUUGCAUCAACUUUGUGGGAAUGAAAUUUAUUGACAAUACACUUUACUUUGUAGCUGACAGUGAUGAAAACCUGGAAACAGAUUACUUUGGCAAGCUUGAACAUAAACUCUCAACCUUACGAAACUUGAACGACCAAGUUCUCUUCAUUAACCAGGGAGAUCAACCUGUGUUUGAGGAUAUGCCUGAUUCUGACUGUACAGAUAAUGCACCCCGGACUGAAUUUAUCAUAUAUAUGUAUAAAGAUAGCCUCACUAGAGGUCUGGCAGUAACCAUCUCUGUGAAUUAUAAGACCAUGUCUACUCUCUCCUGUGAGAACAAAAUUAUUUCCUUUAAGGAAAUGAGUCCUCCUGAGAGUAUCAAUGAUGAAGGAAAUGACAUCAUAUUCUUUCAGAGAAGUGUUCCAGGACACGAUGAUAAGAUACAAUUUGAGUCUUCAUUGUACAAGGGGUACUUUCUAGCUUGUGAAAAAGAGAAAGAUCUUUUCAAACUCAUUUUGAAAAAAAAGGAUGAAAAUGGGGAUAAGUCCAUAAUGUUCACUGUUCAAAACAAGAAUUAGAUAUUAAAAUUGCAUAAUUUGAACUUUCUGAGUUUUUGUCUUUCAGAAAGGUUGUAAGACUUUGUGUCUAUAAUUGUAAUAAUGAAAUAAAAUGGAUAAUGGUCUUAAAAGAUACCACUGAGAAAUGAAUAAUAAGGUAUCACAAAAUUGAGUUGACUCUUCCUUAUCCAGAUAAAUAAAAUAUUUGCAUAACAUUAAGAGAAUGCAUAAUUUCAAAACACAUUCUACACUGUUAAUUGGAACAUAGAUUAUACUCAGUAGACGUGCCUGAAAUCUUUUGGGUUACUGGUCCUAAAGAUGAAAGAUACUGAUAACUUGAACUUUCUAAUUUUUUAAGAAUAUCAUUAAAACCAUCAAGAUUUUGUAGAGAUUUGACUAAUUUCUGCAUUUCUUCCAAAGUCAGGUAUCUUUCAAAGUCAGAUUGAUCCUGAAUCCAACAGCAUAUACAAAGGAUUAUACAUUCUAAACAAGCGGCAUUCAACCCAGGAAUGUAAAGAUGGUUUAAUAUUAUUAAAUGAAUUAAUAUAAUAUACCAUAUUAACAGAAUAAAGGAUAAAAACAACACAAUCAUCUCAGUAGAAGACAGUAAAUAUUUUUAAUUCCAACAUAAUUAACAAACAGUGUUAUAUUCAUUUCAGGUAUACAAUAUAGUGAUUCAACAAUUCCAUAUAUUAUUCAGUGCCCUUCACAAUAAGUGCACCCUUAAUCCCCAUCUCCUAUUCCACCUCCCCUUUGGUAACCACCAGUGUGUUCUCUGUAUUUAAGAGUCUUGGUUUGUUUGUUUGUUUGUUUGUUUGUUUGUUUUCUCUUUGUUCAUUUGUUUUGUUUCUUAAAUUCCACAUAUGAGUGAAAUCAUAUGGUAGUUUUCUAUGACUGACUUAUUUCACUUAGCCUUAUGUCCUCUGAUCCAUCCAUGCUGUCGCAAAUGGCAAGAUUUCAUUCUUUUUAUGGCUGAGUAAUAUUCCAUUGUAUAUAAACCCCACAUCUUCAUUAUCCAUUCAUCUAUUAGUGGACACUUGGGUUGCUUCCUUAUUUUGGCUAUUGUAAAUAAUACUGCAAUAAACAUAGAGGUGCAUA